AUGCCACUCGAUCCUGAUAUACUUGCGAUGGUGGAAGACGAGUCUGACUUCCGACCUCCAGCAGAAGAUGUCGCUGGCCGUGCUUACGUCGAGCGUGUCAGAAAGUGGAAAGGCACCUGGACUAAAUUCUGCCUUGAAGCGGGCCAAGAGGUCGACCCUAUCCAUCCGUUUAAUCCCCCUCCGCGACUGAAUCUGAUCAAAGCUUUCCUGCAUAACAAGGCUCGCAAAGGACGUGGCCGCCUGGAUACCAAGAUCGUAGUCCGUACGGUAGAGAAGUAUUGGACCGAACUCAAACGCAUCAUCUGGCGGCAGACCUCGCACAACUACACCCAGGAUGAGGUUCGGGACAUGGAAAACUACAUCCGCGUACGAUUGCGCAAUGCCGAAAGCCUGACUACCAAAGCUCGGCCAAAACCACUUGCAGACGGGCCUGUAGUUCGCGACGUUCUGCGUUAUCUCUGGGUGAACGACGAGUACGAGUACGAACAUCCCCGAGUACGUUUGCAGCUCACUCUUGCGGUAUUUAUUUUGCACUACAUUGGGCUGCGUCCAGGCGAGCUGGUCGAAUCUUCAUGCCAUGCUGGCUCUAACGAAGGUCUAUUGUAUGGCGACUUCAAGUUCCUUAUGAUCCCGGACAGUCAAGGUCAGCCUACCUUCGCUAUACAGCCAAAGAUUCGUAACAAGAAAGGUCGUCGCGGGGAAGAUGAUAAGGACGACGAAGAGAACCUUACCGAAGAGCCUUAUCUCCGUAGGCUGUGUCCAGUAGCUGUGCUACUUGCUUUUGCCAUCGCCGAUGAUGUCUUCGACGAGAUUCAUAGGCCCGAAGAUCUCGGUCGUGUACGAUUUCGACCAGGGUGCGACUCUGUUGAGCUGACGGUCCGUGCAGAGAAACGCAGUCUUCCUGUACUCCGGCGGUUGGAGUACAAUGGAGAGAUGUCACCUUCGCGGAUCAUGACUGCAGAUUAUCUUGCUAGCUACCUUACACAACUGGGGUUUCGGGCUGGCUACAAACAGAACCUUGGAACAUAUCCCUUCCGACGUGGGUUUGGUAAUCAAAUUGACAAAUACGUCACUUCAUCCCAACGAAGGCGGCAGAUGGGGCACAAGAAUGAUGAUACCUUCCAAGCCUACAUUUCUCGCAUCUCAGGUGUUCACGUUCAAGCUAUAAUGAACGGUGCAGACCAGGACCAGGACACAAUAAAUUAUUUGCGAUCAAUGCGGCGAGAUCUCAACGUUCAAGGUCCAGCGGCGCCUGGUUCAUCGCUCACUGAUCCUCGCUUCUGGCGGAACACUGUAGACAGUCAGGCCUCAAACGUAUCCGAGAGGCUUGAGCACAUGGAAAAGCGUCUAGCCUAUACUGCGGUCCAGACCGAGACUAUGCGGCCUGAGCACGAUGCUGGAGCGAGCAAGGCUAGCAUUUUCGAGGGAAGCGAGAGUACCAAGCCGCUUAGUGCCAUGGUACAUCGGCCUGCGGCGUCCAAAUACCUCAAAGCCUACCUGAGAUACGACUCUACCCGGGAGAAUCUGAUCCAGCAUUUUUACGAGCAGCCGCCGGACGAAAAGAUUCCGCUAGUAGCAGCUGUUUCUCUGUAUCUACAGGCUGCACUACCCAGCAGUCCACCUUGGCGGUAUCCAGAUGCCGAUCCGGAUGACAAUGGUCUUUGUUUUGUGUGUAGGAAAGGGUGUCCUAUAAACAGAAAAAUCGACCAUAAUUUGCAUCUGCUGACGUGCCAGGCCAAAAGGGUGGCGCGCUCGCUUGGCAACAAAGCGUGGGCUCCAUACAGUGACGGAGUUUUCACCUGCCUAUGGAGGAACUGCGGGGUCCGAUUGAACGAUUUCGAGCCAAGCGAGCUAUCGCUUCACAUGAGGCGCCACCUCAGGAACGGCAAUCGUCUAUGUCAAUGGAACGGAUGUCUUGCCAAUCACUCGACGACCUCUGAUCUACGAAACCACCUGGUGUCGAUUCACAGGAUGCCCUUGGACAAGGUCUUACUUAAGGCAGCCGAAUUCUGUUUCGAGUGCGCUGAAUGGUUUGGCGACAACAAAGCUUGGGAAUCGCAUUGUGCUUGGCAUCUAAGCAGCUUGGACUCUUUCUCAGGACAGAUUGCACGCAGAGCCAUUGUUUUAACUGCUCAUCGAUGCUUGUUCUGCUUAGGCGACGGCGCGUUGUCCGCUGCGAAGCGCUAUGCAGCCUUUCCAAGACGCUCGCCCUACUUGCAACACGUUCGAACACACUUGAGUCGGCAGAAGAUAUGGCCGAUGCCGUGUCCACAUCCCCUAUGCACCGAAGCAGUUGGCGAUCGACGUGCAUUCUGGGAUCACGCAAAAUUGUCCCAUGGGCUUGCACUGCCUCGCAACUUGAAAGCUUUCGCAGACGACGAGCUCUACCAGAUGAGCGAUAUUGAAGGACCGCAUGAAGACAAUGGUCUGACCCCUCAGAGUAUGGACGAAGACGACGAUCUUACCGAAGUGGGUGCACCAACGACUGGCAUUGUCCGUGGCGCGGUCUCGGAUACUGGAGCCCCGGACGCACACGACAGCGGAGAUCUGCUGCAUGUCGUAAGCCACACCCAAGUAGAUCCGCGGGCACCUUCCAUCCCUCCAGGGGACACAGUAUCACUCGCUAUUAGCGCACGGCCCGACCAGGAGGUCACUAACGUGUGUAGGUCGCCUCCAGAAACCUCACCGAAGUUUGGUGUCACCUGGCCCUGCGAAAGUCCUGGCUGCGGCCGCGAAUUCGAGGGCUAUCAACAGCUAAGUCAACAUCGGAAAGUGCAUGCGGUUCGAGAUUGCCAAUAUCAAGAUUGCUCGGUCACGGCAGCUACAUGGAAGCUGGCCGUAAAACACAUGAUCUCUGAGCACAACUUCAGCCCGUGGAUGUGUGAGCUCCCAAAUAAUGAAGAAUACGACAAAAGCACGAGAUGCGCUACGUGCAAAGACGCUGAAGAUCUGGACGGCGCUCAGGUGGUGGCCUCUAAGAUCAAUGAAGAUCAGGCCCAUAUUCUCGCAGUUCUGAAAAUUAGUGUAAGGUCUACUCUCGCAGGACGGGACGUACUACGUGCCUGGAGAGAAGGCCUCGGUCUGGCACUGAAGCUGUCCCACGACCAACAAGCGAAUCGCAGCUAA